AUGAUUGGUGGGAUCCUUGCAUUGGUACCAGUUGAAAAACUGCGCCGCUACGAGGCUGAAUUGGACGCGCAGCGGCAGGAGUUACAGGAUCGUGAGGGCAGUAGUGCUGGUGGUGCUGGUAGUGCUACGGUUGCUGGGAACUGCGUUGGUGGUGUGCCGUCGGGUCUGCGGUGUGAGGACCACACAUGUGGCCAUUCAUUGCGUGGGGAGGGCGGCGCGGCCAAUAGUUCUCACACCUCGCUGGACUGCGGUGUGCGUGAGGGUGACGGUGCUGCCCGUGAUGGGCACCAGGUGCGGCUGUAG